UCGCUAAAAGGAUGGGAAAUAGGGCGAGGCAGAAGAGCAGGACUGGGCGGCGGCAAGUGCUCUUUCCCUUCCUGCUGUCUUUGUUCUGCCGGGCGCUCUCGGAGCAGAUCCGCUACGCGAUUCCGGAAGAAAUGGCCAGGGGCUCAGUGGUGGGGGACCUCGCUGAGGACUUGGGGCUGCCCCUACAGGAUCUGUUGACCCGCAACCUCAGAAUCAGUGCAGAGAAACAAUAUUUUACAGUGAACACGGAGAAUGGGAACGUACUAGUGAAUGACAGAAUCGAUCGGGAGUCGCUCUGCCUUCAAAAACCUCUCUAUGUCCUGCCCUUAGAAAUUGUAGCAGAAAAUCCCCUCAAUGUUUUUCACAUAAACGUGAUGAUAAAGGAUAUAAAUGACAAUCCGCCUCAUUUCCCCCAAAAUAGCAUUGUUUUACACAUCAAUGAAUUUGCAAUUCAAGGUGCUCGGUUUGGCCUGGAAUCCGCUAUAGACGCAGAUGUUGGGUCCAACUCGCUUCAGAGUUACCAACUCAGCUCUAAUGAGCAUUUCUCCCUAAUGGCCAAUACUGAAGUCAAGAACGCACCAGAAUUAGUGUUGAGGAAGCCCUUGGACCGGGAAAAACAGAGCUCCCAUCUCCUGGUCCUGACUGCGAUGGAUGGGGGUGACCCCAUGCGAACCGGCAUUGCCCAAAUCCGGAUCCAGGUCACCGAUGCCAACGAUAAUCCCCCAGUGUUCAGCCAGGAUGAAUAUAGAGCCAGUCUGCGCGAGAAUGUGCCCUCAGGCACCUCUGUGCUAAAGGUGACAGCCACCGACCAGGACGAGGGCGCCAAUGCAGAGAUCACCUACUCCUUUAAAAUGCUGCGAGAUGAUAUUGGAAAUAUGUUUAUGCUAGAUCAUGAAAGUGGAGAAAUUAAAUCCAGAGACCCUAUAGACUUUGAAAUCAGUAGUAGUUAUACCAUGACCAUAGAAGCCAAGGACGGUGGAGGCAUGGCCGCGGAAUGUAAAAUUGUACUAGAAAUUCUAGACGAAAACGACAAUGCCCCAGACGUGGUUUUCACUUCAGUGGCCAGUUCCAUUACUGAGGACACAGAGCCGGGGACGGUAAUUGCUCUGUUCAAAACUCAUGAUAAAGAUUCUGGGGAACACGGAGAGAUCACAUGCCUUAUAAAAGAAAACGUUCCUUUUAGAAUCGAAUAUUCCUCCAGUAAUUACUACAAGCUUUUAACAGAUGAAGCCCUGGACCGGGAGCAGACCCCGGCAUAUAAUAUCACCAUCGUGGCCACCGACAAAGGCAAGCCGCCCCUCUCCUCCAGCGCAACAGUAACCCUACACAUCGGCGACGUCAACGACAACGCACCUGUUUUCCACCAGGCCUUGUACACGGUCCACGUGGCAGAAAACGACCCUCCCGGCGCCUCGAUUGCGCAAGUUAGUGCCUCUGAUUCCGACGUGGGAUCCAACGGCCGCGUCUCCUACUCCAUCGUGGCCAGCGACCUGGGGCCGCAGGCGCUGUCGUCCUACGUGUCUGUGAGCGCGCACAGCGGGGUGGUGUUCGCGCAGCGCGCCUUCGACCACGAGCAGCUGCGCGCCUUCGAGCUCACGCUGCAGGCCCGCGACCAGGGCUCGCCCGCACUCAGCGCCAACGUCAGCCUGCGCGUGUUGGUGGGCGACCUCAACGACAACGCGCCGAGGGUGCUGUACCCGGCGCUGGGGCCCGACGGCUCGGCGCUCUUCGACACGGUGCCGCGCGCCGCGCAGCCCGGCUACCUGGUCACCAAGGUGGUGGCGGUGGAUGCUGACUCCGGACACAACGCCUGGCUGUCCUACCACGUGCUGCAGGCCAGCGAGCCCGGGCUUUUCAGCCUGGGGCUGCGCACCGGCGAGGUGCGCACGGCUCGCACCUUGGGCGACAGGGACGCGGCCCGCCAGCGCCUGCUGGUCGCUGUGCGCGAUGGCGGACAGCCGCCCCUCUCGGCCACCGCCACGCUUUUCCUAGUCUUCGCCGACAGCCUGCAGGAGGUGUUACCUGAACUUAGCGACCGCCCUGCACCCUCUAAUCCCCAGGCCGAGCUGCAGUUUUACCUGGUGAUAGCCUUGGCUUUGAUCUCUGUGCUUUUCCUCGUCGCUGUGACUCUGGUCAUCGCCCUGCGCCUGCGCCGUUCCUCCAGCCCUGGCGCCUGGGGCUGCUUUCAGCCUGUUCUCCACUCCAAGGCUGGACCCGGGGUUUCUCCCAGCUACAACAAGGGAGCCUUGCCUUAUUCCUAUGAUCUCUACGUUGCCUCUGAUUCCCGAAAAACAAUGUUUGAUUUUCUCACCAUGACGCCAGAAAUAGUUCCCCCACAAGAUUUUUCUAAUGAAGCUUCUUUGGUAGUAAGUGUCACUGAGGAGACUAACAAGAUGAGCUCUGACUCUGUCACUUCUACUCAAGUGAGUUUCAAUGAAUGUCUUUCAUCUGCAAAUGGCUUUGGUUUAGUUUUCAAACCAGUAUCUGGUAAGAAAAAUCUGAAGUAGAUUAUGUCUCGUUUCCUUUCAUCUUCCCACUCUCCCUGUUUUUACUCGUU